AUGCCAUUCACUGGACGCAGCGAUUACUACACUGUUCCAAAGUACAACUAUUUCAAGGUUGAUCUAAUCAAGGACUACGAGUCUAGAAUUUGGCAAGUUAUUGAUCAAGGAUUGCUUUACCUUGAAGAUGGAACCAAGGUAGAUUUCCGUAAACCCGAAUCGAUUGACUAUCUUGGAAAUCUGAUUAACGCUAAUCCAGACAGUUACGACAACGAGUAUUACAAAAAUAUCGCUUACUACGCUCGCCUAUUGUACAGCGGUGGAGAUUAUUUCGCCACUGAAUCGAAGGUAUUCCCAAGCGCUUUGAUGCAUUUUGAAACAUCGAUGCGCGAUCCCUUCUUCUACCAAUUGUACUACAAGAUUCUCAGUUAUUACUGGCAAUUCAAGAGUUAUCUUCCAUACUACAAAUACGAAGAACUGUACUACAAGGGUAUGGAAAUCAAGAAUGUUGUAUUUGAGAAGUUGGUGACUUACUUCGAUUACUUCGAUGCUGACAUAAGCAAUGCCAUUCCGAUGGGCUUCUCUACAGAACAGUACUGGGACUUCUCAGUGUACGCUCGUCAGAAACGUAUCAAUCAUAAGCCCUUCUCCUACACAUUGGAUGUCUACUCGGAAAAUGCGGGCAAAGGUGUUGUCCGCAUGUUCAUGGGACCAAAGUUCUACGACGUGAAGGAAUUGCAGUAUUUGAAGAAAUACUUCGUUGAGGUAGAUCAAUACGUGUACGACUUCGUUGCCGGUAAGAAUUCGAUCGUCAAAAACUCCCGUGAUUAUUACUGGAGUGUUCGUGAUCUUACUACAUACACCGAAUUGUACAAGAAAAUUAUGACAGCAUACAAGGGUGGAGACAAAUUUGUCCUUGACAUGUCGGAAGCUCACUGUGGCUGGCCCGAUCGUCUACUGUUGCCCAAGGGUCUCCCAGGAGGUUAUGAGCUAACAUUCUACUUCAUCAUUACUCCGUACUACACUCCAAAGGUAGAACAGUACUCCACCUACGAUUACACUUACAGCUGUGGCGUUGGAUCUGGUUCGAAAUACAUCGAUGAUCUGCCAUUCGGAUUCCCCUUCGAUCGUGAUAUUAACUACAGCUACUUCUUCACAAAGAACAUGUACUUCAAGGAUGUUUACGUUUAUCACAUGGAUGAUACAAAACUUAACCAAUCCUACUAGACAAUUCAUCGAGAUAUAUCGUGCAACAAGACUGGGACCAUGCGUAGGCUAGAUUAACCGAGCAAAUAAAGCAUAUUGAACAAACUCA